UUGAGAACAGAGUACGAGUCUGAGACGGAGGAAGUCAUGGCAGGACAAGCGUUUAGAAAGUUUCUUCCACUCUUUGACCGAGUAUUGGUUGAAAGGAGUGCUGCUGAAACUGUAACCAAAGGAGGCAUUAUGCUUCCAGAAAAAUCUCAAGGAAAAGUAUUGCAAGCAACAGUAGUCGCUGUUGGAUCGGGUUCCAAAGGAAAGGGUGGAGAGAUUCAACCAGUUAGCGUGAAAGUUGGAGAUAAAGUUCUUCUCCCAGAAUAUGGAGGCACCAAAGUAGUUCUAGAUGACAAGGAUUAUUUCCUAUUUAGAGAUGGUGACAUUCUUGGAAAGUACGUAGACUGAAAUAAGUCACUAUUGAAAUGGCGUCAACAUGAUGCUGCC